CGCGCUCCGCUCAGUAAGCUCGCGACUGCCGGCGAGACGCACGCCCGCCGCCAUUUAAAGCCGGUCGCUAUGCCCGCGAACAGGUCCGCGGUAUGGCCAGCGGCCUAACCGCGACAUGUUGAAGCAUGCUCAGCGGCCGCCGGCGGCGAACGAUGCCGACCAACGCUAUCAGAACAUGCCUCGGCGGCCGCACCAUCAUUUACCCCUCAACGUCUCCACCUUGGAUUCCUCCAAGCAUUCCGUCGGAGGCACCUCGGCGAGCGUCAGCCCGGGCGGGCAGCCGAAUCCGAGCGUGCCCGUCCUGUCUCCCGUUCCCGUCGCGUCUCCACCAAAGAUAGCCAAUGGAAACGUGAAUGGAGCAAGGACUACAACAAUUGGGAAAUCGAGGAGCAUCAGAGCGGCGACCGAGGAAGCGCUCACUUCCUUGGCACUUCUCUGCCUCGUCAGUCUCCUGCUAGCUCUACUGGCGCUGCUGUUCCUUCUGAAGAUAUCUGCGCCGGCCACAAGUGCUCCUGAAGAGUUCGCCGUAGUGUACGAAGUGACGUUAGCUCUGUGUGCGUUGACACUCUCUCUGAACCUGUGCUGUCUUCUCGUGUGUGCUAUACAGUUCCUGUUCGCAGUGAAGCUGGUGCACUCCCCAUCGGCCCCCAACGGAAGGUCGAACAAAUAUCUGCAGAAGUCGGCGAUAACUAGAGUAUGCGCUGUAGGGGGAUUCUUCAUAUCAAUACCUGUGUUUUUAACAGGGAUUAUCCUGUACACAUUCAUCCAGUUCCACUCCACGCCUGCAAUAGUAACGUCAGUGUUCAUCGGAGUCGGCAUCAUAUUUUGCGGCUGCGCGAUGGUACACAACGUCUUCGUGUGGCAGAAGGAGAAGACUAACCUAGUCAAGGCGUUUCGUUCAGACAUAAACACGUCUCAGAAUCAGACGUCCAAUGGUAUCGUGAUGAACGGGCACCUCAACAACAGCGGCGCUGGCAACCUUAGCUUCCACCGGCAGGCGCCUUAUUCGCACCCCAUCACCCUGCUGCAGCAGGGACCUUAUAUUAUUAGACCACCGACGAGCACGCCGCCGGGCGAAGGCGCGGCGACGCCCGGCGUGCCGACCGCCACCAUCGACCUCAGCCAUGACGCACACGAACUCAGCACUCUUGUCUGAAGCCUUCUGGAUAACGCUUACAAGUACUGACCGGCAUAAGACGAAGGCAGAGCGUUCAGAGUUAGGAUUUAGAAACGUUAAUGUUUUCCUACCAGCUAAUACGAUUCACACGAACUUAGCACUAUCAUCUGAGCCUUAUGAGAGUAUAUAGGCUGAAGCUAACAUCAGUGACAUUUACCGACGACAUACGAAAACCUCGUGCGAUCUAACCCCUGAUACGACAGAAAUGAACAGUAGUGGAGACUCGACUGAGAGACUUUUGGACUCAGCGCUUGAGCUUAACUACCGACGACGUAAGACGAAGGCACAGCGUCAAGAUCGAACAAUCCUUGCCCCGACACGACAGAAACGAACAGUCUAGUGACUCAUCUAGACUGAGAACCUUCUGGACGCAGCGUUUGGACUUCACUAUCGACGACGUAGGCGAAGGCACAGCGUCAAGACUUCGUGCGUUUGCCCCGACAAGACAGGAACUAGUGAAGUCUCAAGUAGUUUGAGAUCAUAAGGCAAUACGCAGCGAUACCCUACGUCUAAGCCGUAAUGAUCGACCUCUACCACAUAAGAGAAGAACUAACCAAAUCUCAUUUGACAGAAGCAGCGGAUAGUGUCAAGCGCAUGAGCAAGUUAAUACUAUGUCCCUUGUUCAAUGUCCCUCAACGGCAAAUUGUAAACUAGGUAAAAGGACUCAAUAAGAUCUGUCUUACCCUAUUUAGUCUAGUAGACAGUCAGCGUCAAAAGUGAAGAACGUAUCACAUAUCGGAUCUGCGGUGGCAGCAUGAUUCCAUUUUUAUCACUUGUCACUAUACCCGUCACUUUCGCGCUUACAUACUUGUUAGAACGUGACAGCCAUGGUGACAAAUGAUAAAAAGCCGACCAUCUUAGCCCUACUGAACACGCUUAAGUGUUAUAAUCUUAUACUAACUGUACAGACUACUUCGAAAUAUGUUUAUACUUUUCACCUUAUUAUAAUGGAAUAAGUUGCAAAAGUGUAACCGUAUCACCUGUUUGAGAAAGUGCAAUGUAUACUCUGAUUAAAUUAGAACCAAGGCCAUGCGAAUUUUUUACGCAAUAACAAAUAUUAAUACCUACGAAUUGCGUAUAAUACCUUCCUUAAGCGUAUACACUUGCCAAAUAGAAAUCCAGGAAAGGAGCCUCUUUGACAAUUAAGUAACUAAUUAUUUCGGUAGCUCCUAUGUAGUAUUUACUACCUUUACAUAUAUUUACACUCUAAAGUGUAAGGCCUGAGUGGACGCUCGAGUUGGGCGUGCAGCGGGGUGGGGCGUGCAGCGUGCAUGUUAAACAAAUGCAGACGUAUAGGAGCGGCCGCAGUGCACGCUGCUCACGUCGCUUGUGAGCCCGACGCCACGCUGCACGCCCCGCCGAACGCUCCGCUUCGAGCGUCUACACAGGCCACACCAAGACAUGAACCUCACUCAUAGGCCCCUACUUAGCUACUCGACCAAGGUUCUAUUUGGACGAGAAAACAUAAUAAUAAUCUGUAUAUUUUAUGGUAGUUGUAAAUAUAUUUCAUCACAAUAUUAUGUGAUUUGCCAUGUUUUGAGCUUUCAACUAUUGUUUGCUUUGAAUGACUGAGAUGAUAAUUGAAAUUUUGUGUGUUAGGAUUGAGAUUAUUAAUAAUAUAUUAAAUUAAUGUUAAGAUAA